AUGGCUGACCGCAGAGGCGUGCGGUCUGCGACCCGGCGCAAAACACCCACCCCGCAACCGCCAUCCAAGACAACCGUCUCGCAGGUGGGACCAAUAUCUCGGGCGAAAAGACUGCGUAGCGCCAGUCGCGACGCUGAGGACAUCACUCAUGUGCAGAAGCCGACCCGUCAAAGUGCGCGACAGGCCAGCGUUACUACCACUAUAACCGAAGAAAGCGAUCAUGGAGACCACGCGGCGCGCCGAACAAAGCGAAGACCCGUGAAAGAGCCAGUGGCAGACCUCACCACGGUUGAGGAGAUAGACACUCUAGUCGCCCUCGACGAAGCCCCAGGAACACCUACUGGCUCCCAAUCCGAGAAUCCUAUGCCGUAUCCCUCGCCUGGCGCAGCAUCCGAAAUGUCUGGCACGACCGCGAUAUCCUCCUUCAGUAUGGUCGAAGCCGAAUUCCUAGAGCCGAAAUACAUCUUGAAGCACUUACGCAAAUUGUGCGAAUCAGCGGACGAGUUUCUGGAGCAUCUUGCGCCCGACAACGGUACUAUGCAUUAUGAUAUGCACAACAUCCACGAGAUUCAGAAGCCAGAUUCAGACUUCACUGAAGAAUACCGAGAUUUUGACCUAGAGCUAGACGUACACCUGAAGCACUUCAAGGAUGAGGAGCGCAACUACAUCCAUUUUCGGGCCGUUCAUCGUGCGCUGUUUGGAGUGAGUCAAGACGUAGCUGCGGAACAAACCGGCUUGGACUUGAUAUUGCAUCUCACCAAUCUGCUCGUAUUUGCAAAGAAUAUGAUACAUUCCGACCGAAAUGCGAAGGAAAUGUGGGAUGCGCUUCGACAACUGGAUAAUUCAUUUCCAAGCCAAUUCGUGCACUCGCUCGUCCUCGGAAUAAGUCCAACAGCCGCGGGCGAAAGUGCGUUGCGCGAGGAGACCUUUGAUCUGGCACUAGACCUGCGAACACAACUCUUCAUUCUAGUACUAGAACGAUCGAUCGAUGCCCGCACUUUCAAUCCCGAUGCGGUGAUUAGUGAAGUCUUCUACCGCUCAGACUCUUCACAAGCAACAGACGGCUCGGUGAUACGUGGAUGGAACGUUCCAGCGCUCGGAGGAGAUGAUUCGGCUUUACCACAGGAAUUCGAAAACAGCGUUGUGCAACGUCUGAACGAGAUAAGAAAGUUCUUUGUAGUCGAUGGCGAGUCACGAAAGCGUGGACAGGUGGUCAAUCUCGAGGGCCUGAGCAAGGAUUUCCCUUGGGAACUGACUAUUCUGCGGUUACUGGGCUGGGUGCGUCUGCGCCACAGAGAGCUCUAUGCUGCGAUUGACGAACUUGGUGGGCCUACAGCAAUUGUGCAGAAUGUGAAACAAGCAAUCGAAGAGCCUCAACCUGUUACCAGACAGGUCAGAGCACCUUCAGGUGCGCGAGAUACGCCUCGAAAGAAGCGGGCAUCGCUCGGCCGAGAAAGAAGACGUAGUAGCCGCAAAUUCGACCCGAACGCUCCAGUGGAUCUCCGCACAAUUGACGCGUUGAAAGCGCGUGAACGCGACUCUGGGGUGCAUUUUGAGCUUGGCUCCACGCAAGAAGGCCAGCAGGAGCAGAGCAUUCAAGAAGAAGUCGAGGAACCCCUGAAAGAAUCGGCAACGGUUGAGAAUCAGGAAGACGAUUACCAGCCCGUCUUUGGGGAAGAGGAUCAGAUCGAAGAGGUGGAAGAGCAGGUCGAGGAACCCGAGGCAUCAGGUCCACCGACAAGCUCCGCGGCAAUGCUUAGGGCCAUGAAGGCUACUUCCAAACCGCAGAAGGAAAACCGACCUGGGGCGUUAUUCGAACGACAAGCGACUGCUCGGCGCGUCGAGUUUGGCAAUGGAUUUGACGAGUCUCAGCCUACUCCAGGCCCCUCUAACAAGGCAAAGGGCAAACAACCCGCCCAAGUUUCGCCGAAGAAGCGGCCGCGUCAAGACGACGACGAUGUGGACUCGGAAGAUGACGCUUUUGAGACGGAGGAGCGCGGUGCUCGCGUCCAGGAGCGGCGUCAGAAAGCGCCCUUGGCAAAGAAGGUCCGCAUCGAUCUGAGCUCUUCGGGCGGUGCACCGACUAGCCACCAACCUCCUCCACGACACGAUGUAAACGACGACUACGCCCCGAAACGACUAGAACAAGAUGAAUCCGAGUCUGAAGCCGAAGCCCCCAGCAUGGCCAUAGACGCACCUCCCAAGUACUCAGCACAGCGCCGUCUAGCGCUGGAAAACACCCGCCUUCGAGCAAUGGAAGAAAGCCGCGUUGCACUAGCGCAGAAGGCACAGCGAGCUCGCACAAGAUGGACAGAGGGAGAGGAAGAAGCUCUUAUUAAGUAUAUGGCCAUGUAUCCUUCGAGAUAUGCAACGAUAUUGGAGGUUGAUAAGCAUGCACGACUCCUAGAGGGUCGGACGCAGGUUGAUCUAAAAGACAAGGCGAGGACGAUGGCUUACAAUAUGAUAAGAUCUGGAACGGGAUUGAGGCCUGGCUUUCAGAAUAUCAUCAAGCCUACGACCAAGUAUGGGAAACUGCUGGUUGCCAAUAACUUUACGUGGUGA